UGGCGCCUUUCGGGUGAGCUCCGAGGGGGAACCGGUCUCCCUGCCGGUUCGAGAUUACCCGAGGAAAAAGAGGAUCCCCUAGUCCCAGCGCUGCAAAUCGACUCCUCCGUCAGCGUCUACAUCCUCCAUCCCUUCCUCCUAAGCCUCUGGGUUUGUUUAUAUAGCAUCUGGCAGCCGCGAGGCAGCGGCCACCCCUUCCUGGCGACUCGCCCUCCCCUCCCGGCCCCUAGGCUCCCGCACGUGGUAGGCACCAGUAUCGUCGCCAGCAGGCAGGCGACAGCCAGCGGGAGGCGGACGCCUGGGUGCCAGCGCCACGCGCGCGCGUUCUCGCCGUCCUCACUCAUCCUCCGCGCGCCCUCUCCCACUUGCCUCUAAAGCCGGGUCACACUUGGCAUUUGCCGCCCGCCCCGCCAUCCGUCCCUUGACGUGCAGAGGAGAUCGGAAACACUGCCCCGGAGGUGCUGGUGAUGGUUCGCUGGGUUCGUUCAGUUGCUGGAAAAGAAUGGUAACAUGAACAGUGGAGCGUGAGAGCGUCGGCAGGGGAAGGGGACGAGAUUGAUGGGCAGAGAGCACACUUCCCUGAGGAUCUCAUUCCCUGGACUGCACGGACAAGGGACGUCUUUGCGCCUGCACUUCCUGGCUGGACUCUGCUGACAUCUGUAGCCUCCUUUCGCCAGGUUCCCAGGUCGCCUAGAAUGCUGCCCGCAGAGGAGUGGUCUGACAGCACAUGAGGAUCCAGGAGUUUGUGAGCCCUUCUUCAAACAUAGUUCUGACCUGGUUAUGGUGUCCCUGGAUCCUGCCUGGCAAGCUGGCUCCACAGGGAGUUGAACUUGAGUUCAGAUGGCCAACUCCCUCUGAACCCUGCAGAUUGGUGCUGAGCACGCAACAAAAGUUUGUAGCUUCCCCUCAGUUUCUGGUGCUGCCCAGGAGAGAGGAAAGGACUUUGGCAUUAAACCCAAGAAGCAGGCAGGGAGACUUCUCUAACUUUUCUCCACUGUUACCAUUUGCAAUGAAGAGGAAACAGAAGAGGUUUCUGCAGAUGACUUUGCUAUUCACUGUGGCUUUAAUUUUCCUGCCCAAUAUUGGUCUCUGGUCUUUGUACAAGGAUAAACACCUCGUGAAAUCUGCAGAACCUGCGGAGCAUCAGACAUUUCCACUAGGACUGGGAGAUGGGCAAUUCUAUUCGUGGACAGAUGGUCUGAGAAGAAAAGACUGGCAUGACUACGAAAGCAUUCAGAAGGACGCUUUGCGCUCAGGGAAAGGAGAACAUGGCAAACCAUAUCCUCUUACUGAAGAGGACCGUGAUGACUCAGCUUACAGGGAAAACGGCUUCAAUAUUUUUGUCAGCAACAAUAUUGCUUUAGAGAGGUCUCUGCCAGACAUCCGUCACGCUAACUGUAAGCACAAAAUGUACCUUGAAAGGCUGCCAAACACCAGCAUCAUUAUCCCAUUUCACAAUGAAGGCUGGACCUCACUCCUGCGGACCAUACACAGUGUGAUUAACCGAACCCCAGAGAGUCUGAUAGCAGAAAUCAUUCUAGUUGAUGACUUCAGCGAUAGAGAACACUUGAAGGAUAAGUUAGAAGAUUACAUGGCUCGGUUUUCCAAAGUGAGAAUCGUUCGCACCAAGAAAAGGGAAGGACUCAUCCGGACCCGACUCCUGGGAGCUUCGAUGGCCAGAGGCGAGGUGUUGACCUUCCUAGACUCCCACUGUGAGGUCAAUGUGAACUGGCUGCCCCCACUCCUCAACCAAAUUGCACUAAACCACAAAACCAUCGUGUGUCCCAUGAUCGAUGUCAUUGACCACAAUCACUUUGGGUACGAGGCACAAGCUGGGGAUGCCAUGCGAGGAGCCUUCGACUGGGAAAUGUACUACAAAAGAAUCCCCAUCCCUCCAGAGCUCCAGAGGGCUGAUCCCAGCGACCCUUUCGAAUCUCCUGUUAUGGCUGGAGGUCUCUUCGCAGUGGAUCGAAAGUGGUUUUGGGAACUGGGUGGCUAUGACCCAGGCUUAGAGAUCUGGGGAGGAGAGCAGUAUGAGAUCUCUUUUAAGGUUUGGAUGUGUGGAGGAGAAAUGUUUGACGUUCCAUGUUCUAGAGUCGGUCAUAUCUACAGGAAGUAUGUCCCUUACAAAGUUCCAUCUGGGACCAGCCUGGCAAGAAACCUGAAGCGUGUGGCCGAAACCUGGAUGGAUGAAUUUGCUGAGUACAUUUACCAGCGGCGGCCAGAGUACAGGCACCUCUCCACCGGGGACAUCUCUGCCCAGAAGGAGCUGCGCAAACGACUCAAGUGUAAAGACUUCAAAUGGUUCAUGGCUGCGGUGGCCUGGGAUGUGCCUAAGUACUACCCUCCGGUAGAGCCCCUGCCAGCGGCGUGGGGGGAGAUUCGGAACGUGGCGGCCAACUUGUGCGUGGACAGCAAGCACGGAGCCACGGGGACCGAGCUGAGGCUGGACAUCUGUGUCAAAGAUGGUUCCGAAAGGACGUGGUCUCAUGAGCAGCUCUUUACUUUUGGGUGGAGAGAAGAUAUUCGACCCGGUGAGCCUCUGCACACCCGAAAAUUCUGCUUCGACGCAAUCUCACACAGUAGCCCUGUCACGCUCUAUGACUGUCACGGCAUGAAAGGGAACCAGCUCUGGGGAUACCGGAAGGACAGAACACUAUUUCAUGCUGUGAGCAACAGCUGCAUGGACUGUAAUCCUGCAGAGAAGAAGAUUUUCAUGGCCAGAUGUGACCCUCUAUCUGAGACUCAGCAAUGGAUUUUUGAACAUAUCAACAUGACUGUUUUAGAAAAAAAUAGCCACCAUGCCAGCUCCUAGAAAGGAAAGAAGAGCAAUUCCCUACAGACUGUGAACUGUGUUGUCAUGGGCGUCUGGGUCACAGGAGUCAGGAAUAACAUUUCCUAGAUCCAGGAAGCCUGGUUGAAAGAUGUGUAAACGCCAUGUCGACGUAGGCUGUCUGGAAGAAGUUCCUACAUCUGAAGAAUUUGGCUAAGAACCUCACCAGCUGCUGCUGAGAACUCGAGACUAGCAGUUCCCUUGCUGGCCAAGGGUAAAGAUUAUUUAGGGACUGUUCACCAUGACUGCUGAGUUAAUCGAUCCUAGCAUUUCUCAGGUCAAAUCCUGCAGUAGUGAGUAGCUAUGAAUGGAUCCUAUUAGUCGGGUGGGAGGGGGGUGGAAACAGAGCGCAUGAAUGCUCUGGCAACCUGAGGCUACCACAGGUCUAGAACUAGCCAUGCUUGAGAGGUGAGCUGUACUCUUUGGUGCCAUUCUCUGACUAAGAAUGGGUUAAGCAGGUUUAACCCUUUAAAGUGCUGCAGAUGAUUUUAGAGUGCUCAUACCAUUCUGUUUUCUUUUGUCUUCUCUUUAAACAAGGGUCCAUGGCAUCUAAGACUUACAUUACAUGCUCUCAUUCACAUUUGCCAUUCUCCUUUCAGGGCCUAUAGUAUCCGUCAUGAUCCAAACGAGUUCAUGUUCCACCAAUCAGCUGACAUCUUAAUUCAAUGUCCUUGGAUGAAUCCAGUUAAAAACAAAAGCAAACAAACCAACAACAACAAAACAAUACUCUCCUACCCAGUUACUCCAAAGAUAGAUUUCAUAGAAUCAGCAAAAUACCACACACAUACACAUGUAUGCAUGCAUGCACGCACACAAAAAAAGUUAGGGGAGAAAUUUCUCUAGGAAAUCUAUUUUUACUUUUCUAUUAUUUUUAAAUUUUAAAAAAUCUGAUGUUUGUCCAGUCAUAACUUUUAUUGAAGAAGGCAUUGGAGUGGGAUCCAUGUAAUUCAUUUAGUCUAUCUUAAAUAAAUCUUCACUCCAAGAGAUGUGGAAAUGGUUUCAUGCACUUCAAUUCCAUUUAAUCUGGCAAACUGAAAAGUGGUGUUAUUUAAUUAUUAGUUUUGGAGCCCCACCUACCCAUGGCUGAAAACAAUGAUGUUGUUUUAUUUGGAAGUCCAGGAAAGGAAUUAGUAUUAAUAAAGCCCUUCUGACACCA